CACUUCCAUGUGUGUCUACUGUUCUACCCAAGGUAAGACACUUCCAUGUGUGUCUACUGUUCUACCCAAGGUAAGACACUUCCAUGUGUGUCUACUGUUCUACCCAAGGUAAGACACUUCCAUGUGUGUCUACUGUUCUACCCAAGGUAAGACACUUCCAUGUGUGUCUACUGUUCUACCCAAGGUAAGACACUUCCAUGUUUGUCUACUGUUCUACCCAAGGUAAGACACUUCCAUGUGUGUCUACUGUUCUACCCAAGGUAAGACACUUCCAUGUUUGUCUACUGUUCUACCCAAGGUAAGACACUCACUGCCAUGUGUGUCUACUGUUCUACCCAAGGUAAGACACUUCCAUGUUUGUCUACUGUUCUACCCAAGGUAAGACACUCACUGCCAUGUGUGUCUACUGUUCUACCCAAGGGCAAAUCAAGAAUGCAAGUGAAGCAAUCUGAAAACAAAAACAUCAAGAAAGGUUCUGACCAGGGUGCUGCUUGGUCAUCAAAGAGAGAUGCCAGCACAGAAACAGUUUUCCCUGUGAACACAGGACAAGACUGUGUUGGGGAAACUAAAACUGUGGGAAUGGAGAGCACAGAACUCUUCCACUCAAUGCUUCAAGCAGGGGAGAUGACAUCCACUAAAACUGAUCCUGGAACAGCAGAUAAACUUGAAACUUGCAGCACCAACCAAGAACUGAGCCAACAUGGUAUCCCUGAGGGAAACAAGCAACUAUUGCCACCACAAACUGAGAAUCAAGAGAACCAAACAAGGGCAAUCUCCUCAAAAACAGACACUGGAGCAGAUGCUUGGAGAGAGACUCCUGCUCCUAGACCUGAGGGAGUACAAGACAAGGAGAAUCUCGGAGGCCAUUUGGAUUCGGAGGGAACACAUGGAUGGACAAGUGAGCAGUGUACCCCUAGACAGACUAUACAUGAUGAUACCCAUAUCACCCAAAAUGGGAAUUCCUGGUCCCAAACUGCAGCACAUUGGGACUCGAUAGAUCAUGGUCACACUUCUGACAACAGUUCCCAGGCUGGUCCUACAGAGCCACCAGUAGGACUGGCAUCACUAGCAGAGGAUACAUCUGUAUGGGUACUUGAAGACUCUUUUACAGGUGCACCAGGGGUGCCUGUAUACCCAAAGGACCCUGCAGAACUGGGGAAGAUGAGACGUCACAUCAGUAUGGAACUGCUCUGGGUUCAACAGGCCAUCAUCAGUAGGAAAAAUUACCUGAGGAUGAAACACAACUUGGAGCAGUGACAGGUGAUGAUAUUUCUGAACCAGUGCUCUGUCUACAUCUGAGUGAGUGAAGCUAACAACUAAGAAUACCUGUUAUAGAGUGUCCAUCAAAUUAGCCUUUCAACCAACAAAACAUUAUGUUGAAUUAGUGCAUUUCUACAUUUUCACCUUUGCCAGAGCAGAAGGUAAUGUUUUGGGUAAUGUUCACGUGUGUCUGUGAUGAUGGUAACUGAAAAACACCCGAAUGGAUUGUUUUGAUUACUCUCCAAGCAGAGGUUACGUGACUCAGUAAGCAGGGGAUCAUAGGUUGCAGGAAUUCUAUGGCAACCUAUGAUCCACUGCUUAUCGAGUCACAUGUUCUAUCUGCAUAACGUGACGUCACGACAGCAGUGGAUUGUUUAUUCCUUGACAAAGACAGGUGCUGUUCAGUCAAAAAUUUGGGUGAGUCCAAUUUUUCUGUUGGAUAUUACAGUUUAACUAGUUCAAUAAUAGAUUCUAUAAUAUUUAUAUUGAAUUUCAUGAAAUUGGUCCUGUUUCUAGUUGAUUCGCAUUUCUCAAAGACUAGCAAAUGAAAUUGUCUCCAUUUAAUAUGAUUCAAAUGUACAGCUGGUUCAUACCUUAUAAAUAAGUAAAACUAGUUUUUGUGUUGUUUAAGUAAAAUAUGUAAUAUAUAGAGAGAAAACAGACACAAGCUCACAUGUAAGAACUGUAUUUUUGUGAAGCAAACUGUACAUUAUCAUUCAUUUACUUGUACAUUGUAUGUAGGCCAACAGUAUUUACAAACUUGGUGUCUAUGUCAUUAUGUGCACAAGAGGGGAAGUGAGUUUGGACAUUGUACAUUUUAUACUUUCUAACAUAUCCUCUUGUGAAUUACCAUCCUGUUGAUUUAAACUGUAGACUCUGGCUUGAACAUUACACAGUCCAGGAAAACAACAAAACAGAACAUUAAACAAGUUUCCGGAAUAAUGAAGUCAACACCCAUUUUACGUAGCAGUAAGUAAGAUAAAUGUCAAUUGUGACAGCUUUCCUUCUGUUGAUAACACUAGAAUUUGGAGGAACACAGAAAAAGUAGGUUUUCUUGACCAUUCCUGUAAGGUGCACGUACUGUUUUUGUACCAGCUUCUGUGUACCUCUGCAAUCUGUUACAACUCAUGUACACAUGUACUUAGUCGAGGAACUGUACAUGUGUUAACUGCCACAAUAAAGGUAGUUAAAUACAUU